UGUUGGUUUUGUAGUCCGUUGUGUUGUGUAGGCCUGUCUGUUUGUGUUGUAGUAGUCCGUUAUGAGUUCUACGUGGUUGUUGUGUUGCUGCAGACCCUAGCAGACGUCUCGUGCGUGGUUACACGUCACUGACUUCCUGUCUUCCACUUUCUGUCUGCAGCUCGAGAAACGUUCGAGCCGCCCUCCAGCUCCUCGAGACGACCUCCCUGCCCCGCGCGAGGCGCUCAGAACGAGGCCACCGCGCGUGACCGAGGAGCCGGUGUAUGUGUUCGGCUCGCCUCGGUAUCCGUGCGCGGCUUAUCUCGCUACCUCAGUAAGACUCGUGAGAACGAGAGAACGGCUGGUGAGUGAAUAUCGUUUAUUCAUACUCAGAGCGCGCGUGUGAACUUGUCUCGAGGCCACAGGAAGAGGAAGAGGAAAUAAAUGCGCUGCGUUGUCUUUAAGAAGAGACACAACAAGCGGGAGGAGGGAGGAGGGGUGAGGAGUGGGGGAGGCAGAGGAGGGUCUCACCUGCUCCAAACCCACUUCUCGAUUCAGCACGAGCCAGUCAUCUUAUCUCUCCCCUCCGCACGUGAAGAACACCGCCGUCAGCGACGCUUGACACCUCGCUCUCCUCCCUGGAUCUCCUGAUUGGACGGUCUGGCUCCACGGUUACCGGCGGUCUAUGGAUGCUUUCUGCCCCGCUAGGCUAACAAAGGACCCCCCCCCCCCCCCCCCCUCUCAACCUCGCGCUCCGUCUGUGAGCACUUCGGAUAGCAGCACUGCGCGAGUCGUCUGAUCUGGUGCGCGCGCUCAGGCUCUAGAAUCACCGGGGGAGCCGCUGCACGCGCGGUGAGGAUGGAUACGUGUCCGCCAUAGUUCCCGGUGCUCCGACCGCGCCACCGAUGGAUGUUGUUUUUUUGUGUGUUUGUUGUUAACGAACGAAACGACUCGACUCCCUGCCGCGCGACGGAAUGACAGCGCGUGGGACAGCCGCGUCGCCCGCCUCGAGGAAGUAGAACCGCCACCGACGUGUGUUUGAGGCUCGCGCAGAGAGAAGUUGAGCUCUUCUGUGGACGGAGGGCUUCCGGUUCCGCGUCGCGUGCGUAGGCCGAAGUGCUCUGCUGCAGUUUCAGUUUGUCUUUAUUUAUUGUUAUCAUCUCCGCGAAGAGCGCGCGGUGUCGGGGUGACGCGGCUUGGCGCUAGGAGCAGCAUGGAACACACGGGCAUAAUCGAGGAGGGGGGCCAGUCGCUCCACCAGCCGCACGAGCCCAUCAGCUUCGGGAUCGACCAGAUCCUGAACAGCUCGGACCAGGCAGGGGGCUGCAUGCUGCCCCACCGGACCAGCGGGGGGGAGCCCCCCCCGGAGUACGCCCUUCCCGCCGCCAACCUGUACGCGAGCGGCUACAACAGCGUUUACAACAACCCCGCGUGCUCCAUGGCGGCGGGGCUAGCGGCGGGCUCCUACAACGUCAACAUGAACAUGAACGUCAGUAUGAACAUGAACGUGAACGUGAACCCGGGGGGCGGGAGCGCGAGCGGCGGGGUGAUCCGCGUGCCGGCCCAUAGACCCAUGCCGCCCGCGCCACAUCCGCCCCCGCCGACACACGCACCGGGAAUGGGGCCCGGGGGCAUGCCCCCCCACCCGGGGAUGCCCGGUUUAACCGGCAUGCCCGGGAACGCGAGUUUCACCUUCCCUUGGAUGGAGAGCAGCCGGCGCUUCGCCAAAGACAGACUGACAGGGGAGCAGGCAGGGGACAGCCCCCCGGGAGAGGCCCCCGGCCGGCCCACCAUGUCCCUGCCCGGCCUCUGCCCCCUCCCCAAGGGAGACAUGGGCAGGGUCCCCUCCUGGAGCACCGUGGAGACCCUAGCUAAGUGCUACUACCCCGAGCUAGCGCACCUGAGGGACCACGACCCCCUGGCCGACUACCCCUUCCCCAAGGGGGCUCGCUCAGCGCUGUCGCCGUUCUCGGUGACGCGGCGCAUCGGCCACCCGUACCAGAACCGCACGCCGCCCAAGAGGAAAAAGCCGCGGACGUCGUUCAGCCGCGUGCAGAUCUGCGAGCUGGAGAAGCGCUUCCACCGGCAGAAGUACCUGGCGUCGGCGGAGCGCGCCACGCUGGCCAAGGCCCUGAAGAUGACCGACGCACAGGUCAAGACCUGGUUCCAGAACCGCCGCACCAAAUGGAGGAGGCAGACGGCUGAGGAGCGGGAGGCGGAGCGGCAGCAGGCCAACCGGCUGAUGCUCCAGCUGCAGCAGGAGGCCUUCCAGAAGACCCUGAGCCAGCCACUGCAACAGGACCCGCUCUGCCUGCACAACUCCUCCCUGUAUGCCCUGCAGAACCUCCAGCCCUGGGCCGAGGACAACAAGAUUUUCGCUCUCCCUUCAGCUGACGGUCUAGAGCCCCGGGGAGCCCCUGUCCUCCAAGGGCCCGGCUUCACAUGGACCCUCCAGGACGGGCCCCUGAGGCCCCUGGAGCUGCCCGGAGCUGGCCCCGCUGCCCUCUAUCUGCCCGGCGGCGGCAAACACACAACCCCCUUUUUUGGCUUUUGACUUUGUACAACGUAGUAGAUGCAUGUUUCAAGCCUUUUAUUGUGUACAUUGGGACCGCGACCAGGAAGUCCCCUGACGAGGUGGAGGAGGAGUUUGGGGGGUACGGCAGGUGGCUCCGCCCCCCCGCCCCCCCCCCUCUCGUUUCGUUAUUUAAAAGGUGUUUUAUAUUAAAUGAUACCGUGACUUUUUGAAAAGAU